CAUGGCCACCAGAAGCGGCCCACAGGCCGUGCUAGCGCUCCUGUACGCGGCGGCGUUCUUGUCAGCUCCGACGAGCGCCGAAGAAGCUAGAGAGAAGGCUGGCGGUGAAGGCCGCGGCCACUUGCUAGUGCCGUUCCACCAGGCGAACACGGCGCUGCUGCACAGGGCAGCUGCCAUCACUGGGGUCGUCCCGGACUCUGCGGCUGUGGUGGCUGCCGCCUCUCUCCAGCAGCGACCACAGGCGCCGGACCAGGAGCAGCCGAAGCCAGCGCACCCAGCCCAAGUGAACGACGAGCCGCCCCAGCAGCAUGCUCAAGGUGGACAACCCGCAGCGAAGUUGGCAUCGCACGGUAACAAUCCAGAAUUCACAGGAGUCAUAUUCCGCAAUCAUAAUCACCAAGAACCGGUGGAAGAGCCAUUCCAGAAACAGCAAAUCCCAGUCAGCUCCGACUCAGCUGGGGCACUCCCUCACCAUACUGUGCCCAAUAGACUGUCGCCACACCAGACACCACAAAAAUCGUCUACACCAGAGGCGGCAUUCUUCCAACAGGCCCCACACCUGGCCGCCAUAGCAGUAGCCCCACCCCCACAUUUCCAACAGAGCUUACCAGAGACUGUGAAGGCUCCAUACCAUCAUGUCCAGCACCAACCCGCACAGACUGUACAAGCUGCACUUCCACCACAACACCCAAUGUCGCCGCAGCAGUCUGUUCCGCAACUCCAACAAAUUCAUGACCGCCAAACAGGAGCAGAGGUGGUACCUGGCAAGAGGACCCCAUAUCUCCCAUCUCCUGCAGCGGCAGCGCCCAAGCAACCUCUCCAUCGAGGGUCACCGGUAGGAGAAGAAGCGCCUUCCAGGCAGACUCCAUAUUUUACAUCACCAGCUGCUCUGGCUCCGAAGCGACCUGCUCAACGUGUUCCACAAGUAGUGGAGGCAGAAUCUUCAUUCCUGCCACGUCGAACAGCUGCAGCUCUCAAGGAGCACGCCCACCAUAAUCGUCCAGCGGCGGGGGCCGCUUCGUUCCACCACAUCCACCACAUAGUGCCUGUUGCCGCCACUCUCCCACUCCACCACUUUUCACACCACUCAGCGUAUGUGGGAGCAGCGCCACUUCAACAUGCCCAUCACUCUGUACCUGCAGCCGGAGCAGCAUCACACCAUAAGGCCACUCACGCAUCGUCUGGAGCACACGGUGGAGGCGGCCACGGUGGGUCCGGCGCUGGUGGGAAGUCGAGCGGCGGAUCGUCUGGGAGCGGCGGCUCGUCACACCACCACAAGGAGUCGGGAGAGAAGGGUUCGUCAGGCAGCGAGAAGUCCCAGCAUUCGUCAGUCGUGGAGAAAGGGGGCGGCAGCAGCCACAGCGAAAGCGGCGGGCAUGCGUCGCACCACCACAAGCAGGACGGUGGCGCGCACGGCCACAAGUACAAGGGCGGUGGUCACAAGGGCAACAACGCCUUCUCCAAGGGAUACCGCGACAAGUACCACAAGGACGAGCACCACCACCUGGACGACUUCUGGAGCAACGGCCAGGAGAAAGGCGGCUACCACAAGUACGGAGAGCACGGCUCCCACUUCAGCGAGAAGGGCAAGAAGAAGGAGUCCGCCAAAAAAGCAACGAAGGGCGGCUCAGAGGGAAAGCACGGGUCCGCCGGUAAGAGCGCCAAGGGCCACGCGACCAGUGACAAGAGCGGCCACGCCGCACACGGGGGGCGCUCCAGCUCACACGAGCACUCGUCGCAGUACGCCAAGAAGGGCGGCCACUCCUCGCACAAGAAGACGUCGGGGGGCAAGCAGUAGGCGGCGUCCUGAAGGGCAACAGUUGCGCCGCGAAAGACUCGCUGUGGCGAGACUCGAGAAAAUUCAAGAAGGGGGUACCCAUGUCCCUAAGUGUAGUGUGAUGUUCUGCAGUCCACUGGCAACUGGAUGGGAAUAGGGAGUGGGGUCAGAGAACGGACUCACUGACGACUUAGUUUAAAAAAGUGGCGUCCCCAAGCCACAAAAACCUGUUGUAAUGUCUUUAUUUGGCGGCAUACAGUUUUCUACAGGUCACCUAAAAAUUAAUGAAAAUCUGUAAGAAAUAGUACGUCGCGAAAUAAUUAAGGCGAACUAUUGUGUGUAUCAGAUACUCAUGGAUACCUUUACAUCACGUUAAUGGAGGGCUUCUUGGCGUCAAGCACAUAAUUAUUGAGAUGCAGCAUCUAAAUUAAAGUUAAAAAUACAGUAUGCAUAAAGACAUAAAAAACAUAGUUAUAGAUGCAGAAAAAUACAA